AUGGCGUCCGGAUACGACAGAGCUCUAUCAGUCUUCAGCCCCGAUGGACACGUCUUCCAGGUCGAAUAUGCGCUGGAGGCCGUGAAGAGAGGAACAUGUGCCGUUGGUGUAAAGGGAGCAGAUAUCGUCGUACUGGGCUGCGAGAAGCGCUCCGCUAUGAAGCUUCAAGACACCCGCAUCACACCCUCGAAAAUUGGACUCGUUGACACCCACGUCUGCCUUGCCUUUGCUGGACUUAACGCCGACGCCCGAAUCUUGGUCGACAAGGCUAGAUUAGAAGCCCAGUCUCACCGUCUGACUGUCGAGGACCCGGUCACGAUAGAGUACAUCACGAAGUAUGUGGCGGGUGUGCAACAGAGAUAUACGCAGAGUGGUGGUGUCAGACCAUUUGGGAUCAGCACCUUGAUUGUUGGGUUUGAUCCUAAUGACAAGACCCCGAGACUGUACCAGACUGAGCCAUCCGGAAUUUACUCUGCAUGGAAGGCAAAUGCUAUCGGCAGAUCUAGCAAGACCGUCCGCGAGUUCCUAGAGCGCAAUCACAAGGAUGAUAUGGACCGAGAGGCUACGAUUAAGCUGACCAUCAAGUCACUGCUGGAAGUCGUACAGACGGGAGCAAAGAACAUCGAGAUUGCUAUCAUGGCACCUGGUAAGCUACUCGAGAUGUUGCCGGUGGAGGAUAUCGAGGCAUAUGUGAAGAACAUUGAGGCCGAGAAGGUUGAGGAGGCUGCCAAGAAGAAGAACACCCGCACACCAGGCUCUGGAAAUGCUGCGAUAUUGACGAGACGUGAUUAG